AUGCGUUAUAGUUCAACUUUAACCUAUUUAAGACCAUAUCAAAAAGAAUGCAUUGAUACCUGUCUAAGCAAGUUUCUUGAUCAUAAAGUUAACCGCCAAAUUGUAUCGUUACCUGUAGGAAGUGGAAAAACGGUUAUCUUUUCAAAUUUAAUUAAACAAAUUCCAUCUCCUUUUCCUGAUGCCGAUAAAGUUCUUGUACUCGCUCACCGAGAAGAAUUGAUUGAUCAGGCAUUUAGUCAAAUUAAAAAACAUUCAGAUUUGUCGAUUGAAAUAGAUCAAGGUGGAAGGAGAGCAAAAGGAGAUGCAGAAGUUAUUCUUGGUAGUGUAAAUACACUUGGAAAAUUAGAAUCACAUCGCAUUGAAAAAUAUAAUCCAUCUCACUUUAAGGCUAUUAUAAUUGACGAAGCUCAUCAUGUUGCGGCAUCGUCUUACCGCAGAAUUCUAAAGUAUUUUGGUGCCGAUAAGAAAGAAACUCAUUUGUUUGUUUGGGGAUGUUCUGCUACAGUUCGAAGAUAUGAUGGAUUAGCGCUAAUAAAUGCAUUCGACGAGAUUACAUAUCAUAAGGACUUCUUGGAUAUGAUUCGGGAAAAAUGGCUUUGCAAUCUCAGGGUAACUACAAUAAAAACCAACGUUGAUUUAUCCAAAGUUAGAAGCUAUAAGGAAGAUUUUCAUAUGAAUGAUCUCUCCAAAUAUCUCAAUGUGGAUUCGCGUAAUAAUGUUAUUGUGCGUACAUAUCUUGAACUGGCAGCGCAGAGAAAAUCCACGUUGGUUUUUGGGGUAGACAUUAAGCACAUUGAAAGUUUGACAGCAAUAUUUAAAAAGUAUGGACUUGAUGCUCGCGGAAUAAGUAGUAAAACGAAGUCUCAUAUUCGUGCAGAAACCCUAAAAGAAUUCAAAGAAGGAAAGUUCCCUGUUCUAGUGAAUUGCGGUAUAUUGACCGAAGGCACUGACAUACCAAAUAUUGAUUGUGUAAUAAUGAGUAGACCAACCAAAUCACCUGUACUCUUUCAACAAAUGAUUGGACGCGGAAUGCGUCUUUCUCCAGAAAAGGAGGAUUGUUUGGUAUUAGAUUUUAUCGAUUCUUAUAGCCAAAUUCCCGAUUUAGUUACUACUCCUACUUUGUUAGGAUUAGAUCCUACAAUGGAAAUGAAGGAUGAGAAUUUAGAAUCACUUUACGUACACAAGAAAAAAGAAAAAAAAUCAAAAAUAACAAUAGAUACACCAACAAAGAUUCAUAUAACAGAAUAUAGUAAUCCUUUUGAAAUUAUUGAUGAUUGCUCAGGAGCAAAAUACAUUGGAAGUAUUUCAGAGAAUGUAUGGCUUAGAGUCGGAGAAGACUCGUAUGUUAUAUCAUUACAAUCUUAUGGGACAAUAAAAGUAAAAAAAGAAAAUGGAACAUAUUGUGCUAUAAAACGUAAAAAAAUUUCCAGAAUGGUUAAAGGUACUAUGAAGCAUUAUUAUGUUAUAGAAAAUUUACCCAUUACGAGUGAUUCAUUAUUUUCCACGAUACGUGCCUGCGAUAGAUGGAUUAAAGAAAAAUGUGGAAUAAAGACCGCGAAUACUAUAGCUUCGCGAUAUGCCAAAUGGCGAAAUCAUCCAUUAACAAAACAACAGACCAAUUGGUUGAAAAAAAAAUUAGUUAGCUUGAGCGAAGAAGAAUUGAAUCGAUUGAAUAAAGGUCAAGCAUCAAAUUUGAUGACGAAGAUAAUUGAAGGUGCUGAAAGAAAUUGGAAAUUAAAGCAAAAGCAAAGAUUGAUAGUUGAAAAAAAGAAAGAAAAGGAGAAAAAGAAAAAAGAAAAAUAUAAAGUUAAAGUAGGGCCUCUGAAAUAA